AUGUUCAAAAAAACGAGAAAGGCACAAGCAACUCAGGUGGCUGAGCACACCUUUCUUUUGUGCAAACCUGAUGCUGAGCAAUACCAUCGUAAUAUUCUUCAGAUAGUGGCAGAUGAGGGUUUCCGGGUGAUAGCUAAAAGCUUCAUCAUAACACCAAAGCAGGCCGAAAUGAUCGUGAAGAUGUUUCCGAGCGUCCGGCGCUCCCGGUACGCAGAACACAGGGUUGACAAAGUUUUUCCCGACCGUAAGGCCGGUAAUAUCUCCCAAAACCAGUCAAGCAGUGACAAGCAACUCGAGUCCACACCUCUGCGAGCAAUGGACAACGCUGAGAGGGGAAGCUCGGGCAAUAGUAAUGACGGUGAGAGUGAUAGUAAGCAGGGCUCCAGCCAACCAGAGCGAAGUCAGGUAAUAAUAGCAGAGAUUAUGCAGCUGACGAAGCUUCGUUGUGAAGGGGGUGACGCCGUUAAUGCUGGUUUAACGAAAACUGCUGAUGAUGGAGAAACAAGCGAGGGGUCUGUUAACGGCUGUGAUAAGAAGUCUCUGUUCCCUCCUGCAGAAAGCAUUGACGUGCAGCAAGGUUGCGACAACGCUGAAACAAGGUACUCGUCUGCUGCCGUUUUAAGGAAUCGCAUGCUAGAAAAUUUGCCGUAUCAGGAACUUCUUCAGAAGCAUACACAACACCUUGCUUUUGGUGGGACGUGUUUGGCGGUGGAGCUCGUGGGCGAAAACGCCGUGGAACGUUUGUUAGCCCUCGUUGGACCGGAGAACCCCGUCGACGCGUGCUGCAACUCUCCCAACAGCAUCCGAGCCCGUUUUGGUCACGAUUUGGUUAGAAAUGCUGUGCAUGCGGCGUCCAACCUUGUAGAGGCGGGGGAAUGCAUUGCUGCCAUCUUUGGUUUCGCCCCUCAUCAUGCCACAGCGGAGGUGGGUGACCAGGGUGUUUCAUCUGAAAGUCCAGGUUGCACGGGACUCAGCGGCUACAUGGAUCACGGUGAGAUUGCGGGUGUGGUUACGGUUAGGCCCCACUGUGAACUGGUUUUCCCGGGGCUCCGUGCCCCAACCCGAGGGCCGACGACACUAGAGGCAACUGUGACGGUGAAGAACGCAAACAUGCAGGCGCACAUUUCGUAUUACACUGGAGAGACUCCUUUGGGUUCGAAGAGGAAGGGCGUGAAGGGCCGACCAGGAAGCGUGACAGCAAAUCGUGAGUUGAAUGCUCGGGACUGGCAACAAAAAGCAAAGGAACUGGAGCACCAGUUGGCGCAGCAACAGCGAGAAUUGGCGGCAAAUGCCAAACUACUGCGUGCGCGGGAGCUCGACUUGUUACUGCGCGAGCACGAACUGGAAAGUGCGGUGCAAGCGAUAUUUCCCCCCUUGCAAUCUCAACAGGGUCAACUUCAGCAGGAGCAUGGCGAAGGUGAGCGGGAGCUAUUACAGAGUGAUGCCACUGCUGCCGUGCCUCUUCCCUCUGUUGGAGAGGGUCACACCGGGGAAAGGUAUUUAUUGCCCUUCGCGAGUGGAAGAGAUUGUGGGACGGGUGCCGAUUUAUCCUUCCGCCACAGCGGGUACAUAAGUAAUUCGGUGCUCUCUCGUGUUGCACCGAAGUUCGCGACCCCGCAACCGAUGUAUGACAUUCCCCCCACGAUUGAGGUAGACGAUGUUUCGUUGUUACUUUCGCACCCCGUUCGACUUCGUGCGCUUUUCAUGGCUUUGGAACGCAGCACGCCAUGCGGUAAAGUUAUGUGGGAGGACAUGGAGGGGCUAUACAACCGCAGCCCGGCAGUUCAUCUGCUGUGGUUUGAAGAUCACCGUGCUCACUUCCGUAAUUAUUUGGUAAAGAAUACGUUGGAGCCCCUUAGUUUUCACACGUUUGUUUCCGUCAUUAUGUUUCUCUUUAAGCAAUGA